CAGUCGUCACGGCAGGAGAAGAGCGCAUAAAGAGGCGGAGGAAUGGCGGCGUCGUAGCAUUCAGCACACGCCCUCCAUGCCAUCACGAGGCUAGUGUCGCCCUCUGACAUCACUUUGAAGGAAAAAAUGCAAACGUCUGUGCUGUUUCUCGCCCUCGUGGCCACGGCGCUCGCUCAGCAGAGGAUCUUAAACAACCGACCCAGCAGCGGCUGGUAUAGUUCUGGCAACAAUUACGGUUCCUCGGGUUCCUACGGUAGCGGCGGCGGUUCUUCGGGCUCUUAUGGCGGCGGCUUCGGUUCCUCUGGUUCUGGAGGCGGUACAGGCAGUGGGGGAGUCCUUGUGACAGGACUCAUCAGCGGCCUUGUGACCGGCGUCCGCCCGACCUCAGGAGGCUUCGGCUCAGGGGGAAACUACGGCUCUGGAAACUACGGGUCGGGAGGUUUCGGUUCGGGAGGGUUCGGCUCAGGAAACCUUGUGUCAGGAGGAUCGGGAUCUGGAGGCGGCGGCUACGGGGGAGGCAGCAGCAGCUCCUGCAGGUAUUGGUGCAGAAGCGGCAACAACCAGUUCUACUGCUGCGAGAACUCCAGUCAGACCGCCAGCAAUAUAGCUGUCCACCCGGGGAGCUGCCCAGCGGUGCGCCCUCUGUGCCCCGGGACGCGAGGUCUGCCGCCCAAGACGUGCAGCAACGACGGCGCGUGCGGCUGGGCAGACAAAUGCUGCUUCGACAACUGCCUGAAGCUGCAUGUGUGUAAACCUGCUUUAAAAUGGUGAACCUUCGUUGAAAAUUCAUUAUCAAGCUUUUGAUAAUGGCGCAAGACCCCAGUUCAAAGUUUUAGUCUGAGUUAGUGUAGUUUCGGUAUUAUAUGAGUUAUUGUGUAAUAUUUUUUUCCAAUAAAAUCUGAAAAAAUG